AUGAAAGCUGAUCCCGAUUCUACCUAUACAAAGGAAAGUUUGCUGACUCUUUAUAAAAACGCUUUCCCUGACCUUCCGAAUCCUCCGAUGAACGGGAAAGAGUGGAAGGAUCUUGGUUUUCAAAGUGAAAAUCCUUAUUCUGAUUUGAGAAGUGGCGGAAAGCUGUCUCUAGAGAACAUUGUUUAUUUCAGUGACCACUAUCAAGCUAUGUUUGCUAAAAUGGUAAAGGAGGCUCACGACUAUCCGUUUGUUGCGUCUGCCAUUAACCUUACGACAUUGCUUUUGAUUCAUCUCCGUAUCUCUACUCAAUUCACGUUCUGUCCGUGCUGUGGCACUUCGUUCAAGCAAGAGAAGCGAGUGCCCGCGAAGGAGAUGGUUGCGUUUGCGAGCUUGCUGCAAGAUUGUUCCGGUGAAACCGUGUUUAACGAGCUCUAUUCUCUGAGCGUAAUGCUGAUGGACCAUAACUACUGGAAACAUGUAGAGACGGAGCCUACAUUCACCAUUUUGGAGUUCCGAAAGGUGUUCGUUGACACCAAGGAGCAGAUUAUGGCCAUCUUGAGGAAGAGCCCAAGGACUAUUACCGAUGUAUUUGACAUUGCGAAGGUGUAUUUGGAUAAGUAG